AUUUUAUUCAAAUAUAUAUAGCUGAGAAUGAGUUUUCAAGUUUAUCCUAAGCCUUUCUAAUUUUGUAAUUUUAUUGAAAUAUUUUUAGAUUACUAUCUCCCUUAUAUUCACUAAUUUAGUGUUCCUAUGAUGAAUCCUUAUAAUAUAAACAAUUAUCCUUAAUAAUGGAGUUCAUUUUAUUAAUAACCAAUAAUUGGAAAUUCAUUGGAGAAUUGUAUAGUGAUAGAAGAUGAUAAUGUAAGUUUAUUAUAUAUUAUUACUUUUUAGAUUUAACAUCCACUGAACCAAAAUCAAUCAUAAAUAAUUUAAACAUAAAGCAAUAGGGAAUAAACAACUUAAUAAGAAUAGGUGAUGAUUCUAGAAUAACCAUUAAAGAAGUAAAUAUAGUAAAGUGACCAAUUAAAUGAAAAUGAACCACAUAUUCGUAUAAGCGUCUUUAAAUAGCAUUCAAGCCAAAUAGAUGCUGAAUAUUUUCUAUAAUAUGAUAGGUAUUUUUAAUAUUUAUUAGUUAGAAUUCUUGGAAAUGAAUAUAAAAAUGAGAUAACUAUAGGUCGAAAAAAAUAAUAAGAUGAUAAUAAAUCAGAAAAUUGUGAUAUUUGUAAUAAUAAUUCAUUAUAUUUUAAGAUUUGCCUCAUGGUGAUAAAAAUGUUGAAAAACUUCAUUGUAAAUUGUCGACUGAAAAAGGAUUUUCUUAUUCAAAUCUUCUAACAAAAUCAGUUCUUCUAUUCUUCUCAUUAUUUAGAUUAAAUAAAUAUGCAAUUAAAGUGCCAUUUUCAGUUAAAAAACAUAUAUAUUCAUUUAUUAAGUAUUGAUAUUACUAUUUCUUAGAGAAAAGCCUUAAUUUUAUAUAACUGAUAAUGCAACAAAAAUAGGAACAUUUAUAAAAAUUAAAAAAGAUAAUAUAAAACUUAUGUAAUUGCAUAAUACAUAUUUGAUUGGAGCUGAUACAUAUUUCCAUGUUUUAGAAAUUAAAUCAAAGUCUACAUAAACAAAAAUAAAAAAAAUAAAAGAUUAAAAUAGUUUUUAUUAUGCUCUUGCAAAAGAACAUAUAAUAAAGGGUACUAAGAUUCAUGGGUUUUCACUAGAGGAAAGUGAAUAAUUUAAUACAUUAUUAAAUGAAUUUAGAACAACUGAUUUAAGGCGAAAAGUUUCUCAUAAAUUAAAUUAAUAUGAUAGACCCUUUUUAAAAUUUUCUUUUAAUAGUCCUUCUAUCAAUUAAAUUUAAUCACAUAUAUUCAUUGCUAAUUAUAAUGAAGAAUUUGUAUUUAAAAUUGGAAGAUCCUAAGAAUGUGAUGUCAUUGUUAAUAUUAAUACUGUUUCUAGAAGAUAGGCAUAAAUAAUGUAUAAAAAUAAUGAGUAUUAUAUAUUAUUAACAUUAGAUGGUUUAUUCAUGAUGGUGGAGGUGUAAGAGAGUCAGCAAAUGGUACUUGGUAGUCAUUAUAAAAUUAUUCAUCAAGGAAUAAUGAAAAAAAAAUAUAAAGUAAACCAAGAUUAAUUGAAGAUUAAAUGGAGAUUAAAAUUAGUGAGAACAUUCUUAAAUUUGAUUUUGUAAACUUUGGUAUAACUAAGAAGUAUUUAUUUUAUUCAUUUUAGACGAAAGCUUAAUUAAGCCUUAAUUCAAGAUUUACUUUAGUGAUUAAAUGCUAUAUGAAUUUUUAAAAUUGUUAAAUUUUUUCUGCUUC